AUGAAAUUGAUACUAAUUUUUAUCUUGUCAUCAAUCACUAAUUGUGCCCAAAUCGAAUCAACAAGCGAUUCUCCUUUAUCACAAUUAAGUGAAGCGACUUUAGAUUUAGCUGUUUUUGUUGACCAAACUUUUAUUGACCGAUUAAAUUCAACGGGAAUUGACGAGAUCAAAUUUUUACGAUAUGCCCUUAGAACGAUUGACCUACGAUUCAACGAGCCAGCAAUUAAAUCUGAUUUGUUUGCAAAACUUAAUUUCCGGGUAGUUUAUUAUGAAGUAAUGCUAAGUUUUUGGGAAUCACUUGGUGGACAAUUAAACGCAAAUAUGGCCCUCGCAAGGGUUAGGAGUUAUUCAACCAGAUCCCGAAAUUUAUCAAUCUACGAUUGGAGUUAUUCAUUAUUUUUAACUGGACUCAAUUUCGCCACAAAAUCAAAGUCAGAUACUGAUCGCCGUCGAACUGAUGUUUUAGGUGUUGCCAUUGUGAAUAUUGUGUGUACUGGAGCUGCGCUCAUAGAAAUGACCAGUUUUGAUGAUUGGUGGGUUUUGAUUCAUGAAGUGGGCCACAGUUUUGGAGCCUUGCAUGACGCUAUUAGUAAUGAUUGUGACGAUGCUCAAUCAAUAAUGUCCUCUGUAGUGAGUAAUGAAAAAACCUACUGGUCACCAUGUACAUUGACAAUGUUUCGCGAAAGACUCACGAGCAGUAACACACGAGAUUGUGUCACUCGAACUAAUAGAAAAGGUGAACAAUUAACACAAUUCGAUAUGCCCACUGAAUUACCAGGUCAAGUUUUCACGAACCAAGAUAUUUGUAGAAUAGGGAAAAGUAUUAAUGCUCAGUUUGUGGCGCACGAAUCUUGUCGAUCAAUAGUUUGUAGACUAAAGUGGUUCCAAUGGACAACACUGGCCCUUCCUGAGGGAACUCCCUGUGGGGAUGGUUACAUUUGCUGUGCUGGAGAUUGUGUCUCAAUUGCUGAUUGUCAUCGAUUUCUUGGUUUAUCUAACUAG